GAGCACGCCUCUGGUGCAUGCAGCGGUGCAAAGGGUAGGCUCUCCUCCCAACGAUAGGAGAGAGACUGCUGAUCGCUUCAAAAUAGGCACUAAUGACUCCUCUCUCUAACAAUACGUUGAAUCACCUGCCCUUGGUCAGUCUGUACGUUAUCCGAACGCAACGGUGCACGCGUGACGCCUUUCGUGCCUUAUCUGUCUGAAGGGAGUGAUAGCGUCUGCGUCGCUUCUCGAUCCGGACUCCCGACUGCCCGCAGUUCACUCAGGAGUGACCCCCGGACCAGAGGAGCAGAUAUGUCCCCGCAGGUGAGAAAGCGUGAACGACCGGCGGCGUCCGAAGCCUGCAACAUCACGACCCUCAACAACAAAAACAACUGGCACAACUUGUGGCCGACGGACAGGAGAGGUCGCUCUAGGACCCACGACCCACCGGGAUCCUAUGAGCAGUCUCCAAACCAGAGUUCGUCGUUCGAAAUCGACGAUGCCACCUUCCUGGAGUGUCUAGUGAACGACAUGGGCAGCCCACCGGAGGUCCCGCGGCAGUUCUUCACCCGUCACUCCACACCGGAGUCUCAGAUCAAGAAGGCAGACAACUUUUCCACCAUCAAGGCCAAGUCAAUGCCCGAUCUUCUUGGCACGGCAGGUCGCCGCUUCACCAGUCGGGAAAAGCAGUUGCCAGUGGUGCCGCCAAAACCAAAACCAACGUUCAAAGACUCCUUCAUGCUGAUGCUGAAAAAGUCAGAUCCGACACGGUCGGACGCAAACCAUCGGAACGGCCAUUGACAGUGCAAAGACUGAACGUUGUGUGUGUGUAAACUGCGAAACUGCCUUGAACUGACCAGACAAAGGUAGUGCAAGAUGCCUCAUUGUGAAUGCUAAUGGCUGGAUGCCAUGAACAGCAUCCCAAAAUGGGUGCCAUAUUGGGAAAUUUAGCUGUUCUGCACCCUGUUCUCUGGUAUGAUCCAACCAGGCUCGUGCUUUCGACUUCACCAUGCAUCUUCAUUCUGUUGGAGACUGUAUGUUUGAAUCAUUGUUCACAGAAUCACUGUGGUGUAAGCUGUGCAAUAUGCAUCUGUACUAAAAAAAAAAUCAGGAGAAAAAAAGAUAUUUUUUGGGUAACAUUGAAUGUUAUUUUGGGAAUAAUCCUUCAUGCUCCCAGCUGUUCCAAAUCGCCAACAUCCAGCUGGUGCGACCAACGUUGGGUGCGAUGGCGGCUGUGUUCCCUGGUUGACCUUGAACUCAUCAGGGAUCAACGAUGCGAUGCGUAUGCAUUAAAAGAAAUGCGGUACGUGUUUUUGCGGUCACACUUGGAGGCUUCUAAAUAAGUCGCCGCGAGAACUGGCACGUGACAAUGCGUGACCUUGUCGCGCGCGCCUUUUUGGCUCUGCGGUGGAGGAGGAAGAGGAGGAUUGAUCAUGACGUCAGCGAGGCUGGGGCUGAAGGAUGCUGCUUUCGCCACGUUGGAGAGCGGGCGUCGUACAAACUCAUCGCCAAUAAAAGAUCUUGUACAACUGGUACGACGAAGGCGAUCGUUCUGAAUAAAGAUCGUGGAUUGCGUAAAUCAA